GCUCACUUCUUUGGCUCUGGGACUAAACUGUAUGUAACAGAGCAGCAGGUAGUGAAGCCCGUGGUGAGCGUGUACCCAGCAGCCUCCAGAGAUCCCCUGAAGAACCACCUGCUGUGUGUGGCCUCAGCCAUGUUCCCUCCUGAGGUCCAGUUCUCCUGGAAAAGACUGAAGCAGAACGGCGGCCUGGAGGAGCUGAACUCCAGAGAGGGAGAGCAGCUGGAGCUCAGAGAGUCGGGACGCUCCACCUCCAUCUUGGUGCUCGGUCAGCAUGAUCCUGAAACACAAUAUUACUGCUCCGUGAAGCAUGAGGAAGUCAUAGAGGUCACUGCCUCUCCGUCUACUGCUCCCUCAACUCCUCCUCCUCCUGCCCUUCCUCCUUCUACUCCUCCUCCUCCUCCUCCAGCCGUCCCUCCACCACACUGGUCCAGAGAGAGGCUGCUCUGCCUGCAGUACACAGUGCUGAUAGUGAAGAGUGUGGUCUACUGCUUUGGACUCUCUCUGAUGAUGAUCCUCAGAAACAAAGGACCGUCCACCAGCUCCACACAUGCUGACUGACCUCCAAGAGCUUUGACGUCUCACUCACACCUGCUGGAAAACUCAAACAUGUUUUCUGUCAUCAACUGUAAAGAACAACAAAGAUUAUCUUGAAACAAUCUUCCUCCUGAACACAUGUAGAAAACACAGAGAAGAAGAAUAGAAAGAGGAACUUCAGUUCAGUCAGUAUUUUAAACAAAGAAACUAAUGACAUAUUUCUCUGUUUUUCUCUUUUAUGAUAUUGUUUCUCAAUGUUAAACUUUCUUUACAUUUCCUCAGUGUUACUUUCAGAAUAAAAUGUCACAUAAUGUUG